AUGCUCCGAGGCCGGUCCCUAUCUGUGACAUCCCUGAGUGGGCUUCCCCAGUGGGAAGUUGAAGAACUUCCCGUGGAAGAUUUGCUUCUCUUUGAAGUUGCUUGGGAAGUGACCAAUAAAGUUGGUGGCAUCUAUACUGUGAUUCAGACAAAGGCCAGAACAACAGCAGAUGAAUGGGGAGACAAUUAUUUUCUGAUUGGUCCAUAUUUUGAGCAAAAUAUGAAGACUCAGGUGGAAAAGUGUGAACCUGCAAAUGACGCUGUUAGAAGAGCAGUGGACGUAAUGAAUAAACAUGGCUGCCAGGUACAUUUUGGAAGAUGGCUGAUAGAGGGGAGUCCUUACGUGGUGCUCUUUGACAUAGGGUUUUCAGCUUGGAAUUUGGACAGGUGGAAGGGUGACCUCUGGGAAGCGUGCAGUGUCGGCAUUCCUUAUCACGACCGAGAAGCCAACGACAUGUUGAUAUUUGGAUCUUUAACGGCCUGGUUCUUAAAAGAGGUGACAGACCAUGCAGACGGUAAACAUGUCAUUGCCCAAUUCCACGAAUGGCAGGCCGGAACUGGACUGAUCCUUUCUCGAGCCCGGAACCUUCCUAUCGCUACAAUUUUUACCACUCACGCCACACUGCUUGGGAGGUAUCUCUGCGCGGCAAACAUUGAUUUCUACAACCAUCUUGAUAAGUUUAACAUAGACAAAGAGGCCGGGGAAAGGCAGAUUUACCACCGGUACUGCAUGGAGCGGGCCUCGGUCCAUUGUGCGCACGUGUUCACCACGGUUUCUGAAAUAACGGCAGUAGAGGCAGAGCACAUGCUGAAGAGAAAGCCUGAUGUAGUUACUCCAAAUGGCUUGAAUGUUAAGAAAUUUUCAGCAAUGCAUGAGUUUCAAAAUCUACAUGCAAUGUACAAGGCUAGGAUACAAGAAUUUGUUCGAGGUCAUUUUUAUGGGCAUCUGGACUUUGAUCUUGAAAAAACUUUGUUCUUUUUCAUUGCUGGGAGGUAUGAGUUUUCCAACAAAGGAGCUGACAUCUUCCUAGAAUCCUUAUCCAGGCUCAAUUUCCUGCUGAGGAUGCAUAAAAGUGACGUCACAGUGGUGGUGUUUUUCAUUAUGCCUGCCAAGACCAACAACUUCAACGUGGAAACCCUGAAAGGCCAGGCAGUGCGAAAGCAGCUCUGGGACAUUGCACAUUCUGUGAAGGAAAAGUUUGGAAAGAAACUCUAUGACGCCUUAUUAAGAGGAGAAAUUCCUGAUCUGAACAAUAUUUUGGAUCGAGAUGAUCUAACAAUAAUGAAAAGAGCCAUCUUUUCAACUCAGCGACAGUCUUUGCCUCCAGUGACCACUCACAACAUGAUGGAUGACUCCACUGACCCCAUCCUCAGCACCAUUAGACGGAUUGGACUUUUCAACAGCCGCACAGACAGAGUUAAGGUGAUUUUGCACCCAGAGUUCCUAUCCUCCACCAGCCCCUUGUUACCCAUGGAUUAUGAGGAGUUCGUCCGAGGUUGUCACCUCGGAGUAUUCCCGUCAUACUAUGAACCAUGGGGUUAUACUCCAGCCGAGUGCACUGUGAUGGGUAUCCCCAGUGUGACAACCAACCUCUCUGGCUUUGGCUGUUUCAUGCAGGAGCAUGUGGCUGAUCCUACUGCCUACGGUAUUUACAUUGUUGACAGGCGGUUCCGCUCUCCAGAUGAUUCUUGCAAUCAGCUGACUAAGUUUCUCUAUGGAUUUUGCAAACAGUCACGUCGCCAAAGAAUUAUCCAGAGGAACCGAACUGAGAGGCUCUCAGAUCUUCUGGACUGGAGAUACUUAGGCAGAUAUUACCAGCAUGCCAGGCACCUGACAUUAAGCAGAGCGUUUCCAGAUAAAUUCCAUGUGGAAUCCACGUCACCACCAACGACAGAGGGAUUUAAAUACCCCAGGCCUUCCUCCGUACCACCUUCUCCUUCAGGAUCUCAGGUCUCCAGUCCUCAGAGCAGUGAUGUGGAAGAUGAAGAUGAAGAUGAGCGAUACAAUGAGGAAGAGGAGGCGGAAAGGGAUCGGUUAAAUAUCAAGUCACCAUUUUCUCUGGGUCAUGUUCCUCAUGGGAAGAAAAAGCUCCAUGGUGAAUAUAAGAACUGAAUCCCACCCUGGUGAAACAGAGCUCCUUUAGUGAGAGCAGAGUAAGAAUGAUUAUUUAAAACAAUGAAAAUGCCACCAGUUUCAUUUCCU